CCGGGUCCCAAGAGGGGGACCCGGGGUCACAUUCCAAGAUGGCUGUGCCCGAGGAAUGCGGCGAAAACAAACUCCGCUUCGCGAUAUCCAGUGAUAGCCUCUCCACGCUUCGGAGGAAUGAGGACGAAACGCGGGGACCCUGGGUAAGGAUACGGGGUUCUUGUUGGUAGUGCGGACGCGCCAAACCUGCGGAAAGGGGCCCGCAACUCGAUCGGAUCGGAUCGGAUCGGUCGAGGCUCGCGCCUGCCCGCGCCUGCCCGCGCCGAUGAGCCAAGAUGGGCCUCGCGGGUCCCGAAUCGGCUCUUCGCUGAUGGGACCUACUCUCUGCCUCGGAUGAUGCCCACGCCGAAGGAUGCUACCGGCUUGUAUUAAACGAUGUCUCACAGGGAUAUCUCGGAGGUGGAGCCCGAAGGUUCAUCGGCGCUGGCUGCUGGAUCUCGGGCACUGUUCCUGGAGACGGUACGCAGAAGUAAUGCAGCAUGUCAGAAUGGAGAUUAUGCUCUAGCGGCAACUCUCUAUACAGAAGCUCUCGCUUUGGAUCCUCUUAGCCAUGUUCUGUACUCAAAUCGAUCAGCUGCCCGACUUAAGAUGGGACUCUUUGCGCUUGCCUUGCAAGAUGCCGUGAGAGCUACCGAACUGAGUCCACAAUGGCCAAAAGCAUACUAUCGUCAAGGAGUAGCCCUGCAAUGUCUGGGACGUCACGGAGAGGCUCUCGUAGCAUUCAGUGCUGGCUUAGCACGAGAUCCAUCAAAUUUCCAACUUCUCUCCGGAUUAGUGGAAGCUUCUUUAAAAUCUCCUCUUCGUUCAACAUUGGAACCAACGUUUCAACAGUUAAGGGCUAUGAAGCUCGACGAAUCUCCCUUCGUUGUCAUAUCAGUCGUUGGACAAGAACUUCUCGGAGCUGGCCAAUACAGAGCGGCUGCUGGUGUAUUAGAGGCUGCCCUGACAAUUGGCUCCUGUAGUUUAAAACUUAGGGGUUCGGUAUUCUCUGCACUUUCCAGUGCAUAUUGGGCAUUAAAUUCUUUAGAUAAGGCAAUCAGCUAUAUGCAACAAGAUUUAGGGGUAGCACGAUCUCUCGGUGACACUCAAGGCGAGUGUCGAGCUCAUGGAAAUCUAGGUUCGGCAUACUUUAGCAAAGGGAGUUUCAAGGAAGCGCUAACGGCCCACAGAUACCAACUUGUUCUAGCUAUGAAAUGUAAGGAUACUCAAGCAGCUGCCUCUGCUCUUACAAGCUUAGGUCAUGUGUACACGGCAAUCGGAGAUUUACCGAAUGCCCUCGCGUCGCACAAACAAUGUGUACAGUUAGUAAAACAAAUGGGAGAUCGUCUACAGGAAGCCAGAGAAAUAGGAAACGUUGGUGCAGUAUAUUUAGCAAUGGGAGAGUUUGAAAGCGCGGUAGACUGUCAUACUCAACAUCUUAGAAUAGCAAGACGUUUGGGCGAUCGAGUAGAAGAAGCCCGAGCUUUCAGCAAUUUGGGCUCCUCGCAUCACUACCGGAGGAACUUUGGCCAAGCAAUGGCGUACCACGAGAAUGUAUUGCGAAUAGCUCAAGAAUUAGGCGAUAAAGCGAUAGAAACCAGAGCUUAUGCCGGAUUAGGCCAUGCUGCAAGAUGCGCAGGAGAUCUUGCCCAAGCUAAGCUUUGGCAUCAACGUCAGUUAGACGUUGCUCUAACAACAAAAGACAAAAUCGCAGAAGGCCGAGCUUGCAGCAAUUUAGGAAUAGUUUACCAACUCCUAGGUGAGCACGAUGCCGCACUCAAAUUACAUCAAGCACAUUUGGGAAUUGCUAGGACUCUAGGAGAUAGAGCUGGAAUGGGUAGAGCUUACGGGAAUAUUGGAAAUGCAUACAAUGCCUUAGGAUAUUAUGAGCAAGCGAUUAAGUAUCACAAACAAGAAUUAACGAUAAGUAAAGAGGUGAAUGAUCGUAGUUCAGAAGCAAGCACACAUGGAAAUUUAGCGGUAGCUUAUCAGGCGGUGCAGGGUCACGAAGCUGCAUUGCGACAUUAUAGAGCACAUCUAGCAAUAGCUCGAGAAUUAAAAGACGCUGCUGGAGAAGCUUGUGCUCUGCUCAAUUUGGCUAAUUGCCUUUCAUCCAGAGGAAGAUUCGAAGAAGCUGUUCCGUAUUAUGAGAAUUAUCUUAUGCUCUCGCAAGAGUUACACGACGUGGAGGGUGAAGCUAAAGCAUGCCAUUUUCUCGGUUAUGCUCACUAUUGCCUAGGUAAUCAUCGAGAGGCAGUUAGAUAUUAUGACCAGGACUUAGCAUUGGCUAAAGAUUUGCAGGAUAAAUCAGGAAUGGGAAGAGCAUACUGUAAUCUGGGACUGGCUCACUUAGCUCUUGGCAAUUUAGAUACAGCAUUGGAGUGUCAAAAAUAUUAUCUAGCAAUUGCACACAUGACGAACCAUUUAGCUGGCAAGUUUAGAGCUCUCGGCAACAUCGGCGAUUGCCUUCUACGAUUAGGUGAAUCCGAAGAAGCUAUAAAGAUGCAUCAAAGACAAUUGAAUUUGGCACGUCAAGCUGCUGACCGUAGCUUAGAAGCUGCGGCUUAUGGUGCUUUGGGCAUUGCACAUCGAGCAACCAGAAAUUUGGAUAAGGCUUUAGGGUUUCACACUCAAGAAUUGACUCUCCGACAAGAAGCCGGUGACUUGAGAGGCGAAUGUCGCGCCCAUGGAAAUCUUGGUGCGGUGCACAUGGCUCUUGGACAAUACACUCACGCUGUUAAGUGCUAUCAGGAACAGCUUGAAAGAGCAAGGGAACUAGCUGAUUCAGGAGUGGAGGCUCAGGCUUUAGGAAAUUUGGGCAUCGCAAGAUUAAAUAUGGCUCAUUAUGAAGAUGCUAUUGGUUAUUUUGAACAACAAUUAGCUACGCUGGAACCUUUAACUACUGGUACUGCAUUGCUUGACAAAGCGAGAGCAUUAGGAAACCUGGGUGACUGUUAUGAAGCAUUAGGCGAUCCAGAAGAAGCUAUUAAAUGUCAUGAACAGCAACUAGCAGCUGCAACCAGACUGAGAAGCAUCCGAGACCAAGAGAGAGCUUAUAGAGGACUCGGCAGAGCUAGAGAAGCUUCUGGAAACUUACAGCAAGCACUUGUUUGCUUUGAAAAAAGAUUAGUUGCAGCGCAUGAAGUUGACAGUCCAGAGGCAAGAGGAGCAGCAUAUGGCGACUUAGGGAGAGUACAUGCUGCUCUUGGCAAUCACGAACAGGCAGUCAGCUGUUUAUCGCAUCAAUUAGCUCUUGCAAGAGGGCUUGGAGAUAAGGCUGCUGAAGCGGAAGCAGCAAGUGGCCUUGGUGCCGUACAUCUUCUGAUGGAUGAUCCAAAUUCUGCCCUACGUCAUCAUCAAUUGGAACUUUCAAUUGCGGAAGGUCUAGAUGCAGCUGGACUCCAAGCCAGAGCUUGCGCCAAUCUGGGUGCCACUCAAGAAGCUCUUGGUCAGUUGGACGAAGCAAUUAGACUGCAAGAACAGUCAUUGAGUCUUGCAGCUGCAGCUGGUGACCAACCAGCUAGAGCCGCGGCAUUCUCUAGUCUCGGGCGACUACAUCACCUGUGCGGAGACCUAUCCCGGGCUUUGAGUUACUUACAGUCAGGCUUGUCGUUAUCCGAAGGUCUAGGUAGGCGAGAAGAAGCUGCGAGGUUGCGGCAUAGGUUGGGCCUUGUUCACUGGGAAACGGGAGAAUCUAAUGUUGCCGUAGAACAACUAGAAAAGGCUGCGAAUCUUUUGGAAUCGCUGGAUGGAGCUUCGCCGCUUGUGUGUGGCCAACCAAGCAGAUCCGAAUUGUUGUCGGACACUUAUCGGAUGCUUCAAAAAGUAUUAGUCAGUUUAAACAAAGCCGAAGAAGCGCUUAAUUGGGCUGAGCGAUCUAGAAGAUCUAGGAACAAUACCUUCGAAGACGCGACGCAUUACUCCGAAAUCAUUGAUAGACAACGAGGGAUCAUCUUAUAUUACAGUGAAGCUGGAAAUGAGUUGCAUGCUUGGUGCUUGGCCCCAGGACGUGGUCUUCUCAGGUUCCACUCGACAACCCUGGAGGAUGGAAUUAAUUUAGAAAAGCGAGUAGUCCAAGCCCGCGAUACACUUUUGGGCGAAACCAGUGAUCUGGCCGAAGAGUCGGCUAAGAUUCCUGCCCGAGGACAUCACUUGAAUGCUAGCUCAUACAGUCUGAGCAGCUUAUUCAGUGUAGGUUCUGUCAGCUCACGUGCUGGAAGUGCUCGUUGGGGACGAGGAGUAAAAGGGCCUGCAUGGCAAGCCCCUCAGUCUCUCCAGCUGCUCUAUGACCUUCUUCUGGCACCUUUCGAGGACCUCCUACCGCCCGCAAGGAAAGAACUGAUUCUCGUUGUGGAAAAAUCACUGUAUUUAGCUCCCUUGCCAGCUCUACAAGCUAGUCCUGGUGAAGAUUAUCUCUGCGAAAGGUUCUCGUUGCUGGUGGUACCUUCUCUUGGAGCUCUAAGGAAAAGAUCGAGAACUCCCAUGCCCGAAGGUGGAGCAACAGUGGCUGCGCUGGUCGCAGGAAAUCCUACGCUUCCAGAGGAAUCUAGGGAGGAAUACGGAUGGCCGGAAAGUGUUGCAGCAGCAGAGACGGAAACUGGAAUUGUUGCGGAAUUACUUGAAGCGAGACCACUGAUUGGUUCUGAAGCAACAAAGUCAGCCGUAAUUAGAUCAUUACCAGAUGCUGAGUGCGUGCAUCUAACGACACCUGUUCUCUGGAACACUGCGAGCUUAGCACUGGCAGCGGACCAAUGCGAAGAGCCGACUGAAAGACCAGAAUAUUUGCUAACUUGUACAGAUAUCUUAAGGCUGAGACUAACUGCUCGAUUAGUGGUCGUUUCUAGCGGUCAUUGUUGGACAAGCGGAGACUCGACUACUGUGACGUCAAAUGGGGUCGAACAACUUGCAAAAGCGCUAUUAACAGCUGGUGCGCAGUGCGUGCUAAUAGGGAUGUGGCCUGUACCACCUACCGCUGGUAGCAUUUUACUGCGGGCAUUUUAUAGUGCCAUGUUACAAGGAGCGAGAGCGUCUAGAGCAUUGGCCGAAGCUAUGCAGACUGUGCAGCACACGAGACACUUUGCCCAUCCAGCUAAUUGGGCUGGUUGGUUACUUCUAGGAGGAGACGCGAGGCUAUCCAACAAAGUCGCUCUGAUGGGCCAAGCUCUGGCAGAAUUAUUGCGAGGUGGUCCAGAACAGAGUAGAGAUGCCCUACGUGUAACUCUUCAUCUCGUGGAAAAGUCAUUACAAAGAAUACAUCGUGGUCAAAAGAAUGCAAUGUAUACAACGCAAAGAAGUAUUGAAAACAAAGUAGGCGCCGCUGCUGGUUGGAAGGAAUUACUCAUGUCCGUAGGAUUCAGAUUUGAACCGGCUGGAAAUGGAAUACCAUCUUCUGUAUUCUUUCCCCAAAGCGAUCCCGAAGAACGGCUAACUAGAUGCAGUGCGAGUCUUCAAGCUCUCCUUGGAUUAGGACCCGUCUCUUUGCAUGCGCUUGUGAGACUGUUGCAAGCACCGGAAGCAGCAGAGGAUGUAAUUUCAGCAAUGAGGAGAGCCAGUGGUACAACCGAAGGUCAAGAAGUCACGUUACCGGUUCGAGUGUGGAGAGCCGCGGGUUCGCACGAGCUAUUUGCCAGCUUGGGAUUCGAUUUGAUGGAAGUCGGCCAGUCGGAAGUUACUUUAAGAACAGGGAAACAAGCUUCACGACGAGCGGUUCAAUUUGCUCUUCAAGCACUACUUGCCCUCUUUGACACUCAAGAAGCACCAAAGAGCCUCAGCCUGGACUCCAGUAGUUCAAUGGAAAGUCUAGCUUCCGUUGCACAAACUGAAAAGAAUUUACCGGAAAGGCCAAGGUUAGGAGGAGCAUUCGCAAGUUACGUGCGACAUCGUGGGGAACCUGAUGGAAAGACCACGGAACCGCCAAAUAUCCAGAUAUCAUCGAGACAAACCUGCCAGAAUGGAGGAGGCGAAUCGGAUGCAGCCUUUACUCCCAGCCCUCCAAUUGCUCUCAAUUUGAAUCAUCAAACACGAAUCCGAAAUCUUUAUCCCGACCAAAGUGCGAGACCUGGGUCGAGUUCAAGUAGUUCUGCUACCGAUUGGGACAAUGGCCAUGCUACUGUGUUAAGACGCCAACCGCUGCCACCGUUGCCAGCCACGGUCCUCGAAAGACUAAGUGUCAGAACCGAAGUAGGGCCUAAUUCGCCGAGGAAACCGCGACACCCUAAUUCCAACGAGGACAUUAAUUCCCAAAAUGAGUCCAGUCAGAAUACCGAAGGGCAUCCGCAUAAUUUGAGGAAUUUGGCGACCUCAUUAACGAGUUUGACGCGCGAGCUAACUCCUACUAUUUCCGAAGUUUAUCACGAAAGGAACCUAGGGCUUGGAUUGGCUCCAUCGCUUUCCAAACUUCUCGAAGAAGUCGGCACGGUUUCAGAAAACGAGCAAAACCAAAUCUCCAGAUCGGGACACAGUCAAACGCAAAACUGGUUACAAAACGAGCCAGAACUUUGUCGAAGAGACGAAGCUGAUGGAAGAUCCAUCGCAGAGUCCCAGUGCAGUGCAACCAGUUCCAAUAAAAUACAUAGAAAUGCACCACCACCUCCAGUAUAAAUUAUUUAUGAUAUAUUUUUAAGAAACAAUCAUUUUGACCGAGAAAAACAGUGCCGGGUACCAAGAACAAAAAUACCGGAAAAUGACCUUUCGAGAUAUUACAGUUUCCAGUUAAUAAGGAAGUUUUAUUACAAAAUUAUAGGAUUACUCGAUUGAUACCUGGGACUAUGUUUCUACAGUCUAAAACGUGCAUAUUAUGUACUAUAUUAUCUAUAAGUAUUGUCCAUGUAAGAUAUAUUUACAAUGUGCGGCUCAUGUGCUAAAGUAAAUACUACAAAUAUUUUUAUACGUAGACAAUUACACCUGUCACUAAAAAAUAGUUUCCCUGUGGAGAAGUUAUUAUCAUUGAUCAUGACUAGUAAAAAUUUAUUAUCUUAUAACCGACAUGUAAAAAUCUGAGGAUAUGGCAGCCAAUACCACUGCGUAACAAUAUUUUGCAUCACACGUACAUUUAUAGCACUGCUUAAAUUACAAUCUGAAAGCUGAAUAGAUAUUUAAUUGUACAAUUUUUUAUAUUUAAUUGAUAUGAAGUAAAUCAUAUCAAAAUAUAUACAAACUAUGAAA